UCCUCCUCGUCCUCCUCGUCCUCCCUCCCUCGCUUGCACGGCGCAGCACCAGCAGCACCAGACGAGGACGACGAGGAGCUCUGUUUUUUCUUUCUCUCUCACUCUCUCGCAAGCCCUCCUUCUCUCCCUCCUCGCUGCGGAAGGGGCUUCUUUCCUUUUUCUUCUGUCGGAAUGGCUUCUAGGAUUCUCCGCUCUAUCCUCUGUUGUCUCCUCGCAUGGUUGUAGCGGGGCCUUCUCGACGCGGAGCAUCCUCGCCUGAGUUCAAUCAAAGGCCCCUUCCCUAGGGUUUGGAGGGUCUUGGGCGUGAUUCGCUUCGUUUGGAAAGUGGACGACGCGACAUGAAUUCGAGCUUAUGCUUGAGGCUCAGCUGACGCACAGAUUGUUUGCUCUCUUUUCAACCGAGCUUCAGCAGUCUCUUCGCUGCAGGGAAGAGGAAAAUGAAUCGGGGUUCGAACAGGCUUAGUUCCUUCAGUGAAUUUCGUGCACCGUGCUAUGGAAGGAACUCCAGAAGGUCAAGAGAAAGGAGGAGCUGCGGCUGGGAAUGGCAAGGGGGAGAUUGUGAAGGCCAAGGUUGUGGAAUGGGAGGAAUUUCAGGAUGUCCUUGCGCAAAUGUGCGGCAGGGGAUUGGUUUUGAAGAAGUCUUUAGUGGAUAGAGAAGCACUGUCGCAGCAGCUGGAGGCCGCACUGGAGAUUCGGAAAGUGUCUUUGGAACGGGUGGAUGCUCUUGAAGCCAUGCAUCGACAGGUUCAUGCAAAGAAUCUUAGACUGAAGAGCGCUCAAGAAGCAUUGCGCAAUCUUAGGGAAGAGCUUGCAAAAAAGACGGGGUUUCUGGAACCAUCUACUCGGACUCUGCACAUUGCUUUCAGAGCUGUGGCAGAUGCCCAGCGUCGCUUGCAGGUCGCAAAAUCAUUAUUAGCCGGUGAUGGUGGGCUUGAGAGGCUGCGAAAGCUUUGUUACUCACUUGAUUCGAGGAGACGGAGAAUGCUGGCUCAGCUUGCUUUUGUCUAUCCCCUAGCCUCGUUGAAACCCGAAAAUUCGACUUCGCAAGGGGUUGAAAGGGAGACUGCAAACAAGGACGGUUCAUCUUUGAUCAUAGCGGGCAUGCCUCUAUCGGAACCAGGAAAGAAGCUGACAGGACAUGCCAAGGACAAGAGUGAAAGCGACAUGUCUGCAACUGCCCUUGGAUAUGUUGGUCAUAUGGUAACCCUGGUAGCACAAUACCUUGAUGUACAAUUGCGAUACCCUAUUCGUCAAAUGGCUUCACGAUCCUUCAUUCAAGACUAUUGCCCAGCCAUUGAGCCUGCAGUGGAUGCUGUAACAGCUGCAGUUGCUCCACAGUAUGGCUCCCAAAGAACUGUUGAAUUUCCUUUAUUCUCUGAGGGUCAGGAUACGACGAGGUCAGCAUAUGCGGUGUUUUUGCUAAAUAAGGACUUGGAGCAGAUUUUGAAUCAUCUAGGAUUAGAAAGCGUGGGACCUCGCCACACGUUGUUGAAUCUAGAGAAACUCCUAAAGGGUCUUGAAACCACUGACAUCAGUUAAUACAAGGGGCACUCUAUGGCAUCAACUGGGCUAAAAGUGUCAUUCCUAGGAUUCUGAUAUUUUAUGAAAUGUUUGCAAUCGUAUCCAGAGUAAUCUUCCUUCUAUGCGAAUUGUUUUUAUUUUUAUUUUUAUUAUUGUGCAAAGAAAUCAACUUACUAUGACAGUAGUCCACUCACACAUGGAAUUUGCUCAGAUAUGAUACAAAUUUUAUAGAAUAUUAUUGAUUCAAUAGAGAUGUACAUGCUCUUGAGAUAUGAAAUAGAGGAUUUUUCUUACUUUUAAAGUUUAA